AUGGUCAAGAUUACUAUUCGUUUGGUCGGCGAUGAGAAUGAUAAAUUAUUCAAGCGUAUUGAGUUGGAUCCACAGAUUCAUGUCGAUGACCUGGUGAAGGAGAUUACGACUGUGACGAAUAUUCCAUCCAAAUUUCAACAAGUCCAAUUCCGUGGUGAAAAACUACCCGUUGUUGAGCGUCCUCUUCAAGACAUCAAGUUUGGCGAAGAAAUUAUAGUGAAGCAUUCUAUGGCCAACAACUGGACAGCAUUUUUCACACUCUUUGAAGCAGCUCGGCAAGCAUUGGCAACAAAGCAAAUUAAGGACGUCGAACGGAAUGGUGGCUUGAUCUGCAAUGUUUUGCGAAAUGGAAGCUUACUUGGAAAAUAUUAUGUGAAAGAGCACAUAGGCCUUUCUAAUUGGCAGCAUGCAGAUCUUCGUGAAAUUUUCAUUUACAAACUGUUCGAAUUGAUACAAGUGGGGCCGGAAGUGCAUUUCAUACCAAAUACACACUACUCUGGUUUGGGACUUUACAUCGGAACUAAAGAAGUUGUUGGCUUUCGUCGAGCAGACACCGAAGGAUUGGAGAUAAGCAACGAACUGUACGCUCAGCGCGAUUUGCUUCGACGUGUCUUGUGUGUGAAGGAUCUCCAUUCAAAAAAUUAUGGUGUCGAUGAUAAAGGGAAACUCAGCAUCGUUGAUUUCCAGAUUAACGGUUCUGUUGAUUCCGCCGCGGUGCUCAAAGCAACACCCGAAUUGCACCAGAAGAAGUUUAUGCUCUCGGUUUUCUGGGAUAUGGAAGAAUUGAUCUGGAGUUUCUGGAUAGUAAGACAACACUUAACUCUACUAAAUACAUUCAACAGCUCGAUGAACAUAUCCACAGCUUUGGCCACUGAUAGGCCUCAUAAGUCAAAAAUCAUCCUUCUAUAUGACAACGCGCGCUCUCAUGUUUCUUCAAUGACUCGGGAAAAGCUGAAGAUCCUUGGCUGGGAAGUUUUGAUCCAUUCUCCUUAUAAUCCAAACCUUGUCCCAUCAGAUUAUUAUUUAUUCCGGUCAAUGAGCAACGCUCUCGUUGGACAGGAUUUUGAUCCCGAAGAUUGGGUCAAAAAGUUGUUGAUGGACUUUUACGCCCCGAAGUCUAAGACUUUUUACGAGAAGAGGAUUCGGGAAUUGCCAGAAAAAUGGGAAAAGAUUAUCAAAAACAAUGGACAAUAUUUGGAC